AUGCUCGUCCGACCUGCUCUUCGUGCCAGAUCUCUGAGUCGCAUUGCGUAUAUCAGGACCAUAUUUGAUCCCGCCACCAUUGCAAUUCUCGAUCGCUUAACCGAAAUCCAACAGUCUCUCAGUUCCUUAGCUCCUGAAGGGGUGACGGCGGCCCUACCUCUGAAAGGGCCGCCAAAACAGUACACGGCCAACUUAUGCCCACAAACGCCACAGACUGUGUCUCUGAAGAUCCCUGCAGCCAGGAUAUGUCCUGAUGCAAUUUUGUCGUGGCCGAUCUUCCAAGAGGUUCGCUUGCAAACAACUUUGAAUAGUCUCAUUCUCGCCGACCACGAUCAUGGUCUCGAAGAAGUUACCAACACCGAUGUCAAUUUGGCCCUCAUACCAGAUCUCAUUGACCGCUUCCUGCAGUUUGUACACGUUAAGAAUCCCGUGGUGAAUACGGUUGUCCUACGUCAAUCGGCCGUCAGGAUCGAAGUGGGCGAGUCCUCUCAGAACGCUCAUUCCUGUUUAGUGGAUGAGGCUAAUAUUUGUGAUCUAUCCAGUGACCUACGCGCGGAGCUCGACAUCCCCGAUUCGAUUUUGUGUGAGUUCAACGUAUCCGACGGGUACCCAAUACCCUCGUCCGUAAGCGUGACCGAUUCCGAAGCAGUGCUGUCCGGGACGCCAACGGACUCAGAAGACUUGUCACACCUCUGGAAGUUGUCCACGUAUUACUACUUAUCAGAUGUUGCACUCAUGCGCGUAGAAGCGCAAAUACUUAACUUUAUGUACAGCACUAACGACUCGCAAUGGUCACCUGCCAACCUAUCUUACAUGUGCCGGACAGCCGCGGAUCUCGAAUCCCAAAUAGAUCACUGGUCCAGAAACCGACCAUCCAUAAUCCACUUCGAAGAAUGGGACUCGGCACCCAGGUUUGAGCUGACGUACAACCUGCAAGCACGGGUUCUGCAGCUGAGAUCAUGGCUCUAUCGGCCAUUUGUAUACUACGCAAUUCAUCAUGACGGUGGACAGAGUAACGAGAAGGAGGAGGCUGAGAGGUUUAUGAGAAAAGCCAUCGAGUGCAGUUUCCAUAUGAUCAACUCCAAGGCGACGCAGCACCGACAUCAUGGGACAUGGUUUGUCGCCCGCGGUGUACUCAGCUCAGCCCUAUUAAUCAUUGCAGCUGUGAAGGCGAACAAGGGACUCGUGGAUUAUUUGGCAGAUUGGCCGGACUUAUUAGACCAGGCAAUAAGGUCUUUGACUCAUUGGGCUUCGGAGGCGCGGGAUCUGGCUUACGCGGCUGUUGUCCUUGCUAAUCUCAAGGAUAAGUUGCGUACUUAG